AAACCACUUACCUUUGCUGACUGCAUUAGUGAUGAGUUGCCGCUAGGAUGGGAAGAAGCAUAUGACCCACAGGUUGGCGAUUACUUCAUAGACCACAAUACCAAGACCACUCAGAUCGAGGAUCCGAGGGUGCAAUGGCGGCGGGAGCAAGAGCACAUGCUGAAGGAUUACCUGGUCGUGGCCCAGGAGGCUCUGAGUGCACAAAAGGAGAUCUACCAGGUGAAGCAGCAGCGUCUGGAGCUGGCACAGCAGGAGUAUCAGCAGUUGCAUGCCGUCUGGGAGCAUAAGCUGGGCUCCCAGGUCAGCUUGGCCUCUGGGUCUUCAUCUAGCUCCAAGUAUGACCCUGAGAUCCUGAAAAAUUAAAUUGCCACUGCAAAAUCCCGGGUCAACAAGUUGAAGAGAGAGAUGGUCCACCUGCAGCACGAGCUACAGUUCAAAGAGCGUGGCUUUCAGACCUUGAAGAAAAUUGACAAGAAAAUGUCCGAUGCUCAGGGUGGCUACAAACUGGAUGAGGCCCAGGCUGUGUUGAGGGAAACAAAAGCCAUCAAGAAAGCCAUCACCUGUGGAGAAAAAGAGAAGCAAGACCUGAUCAAGAGCCUUGCCAUGCUGAAAGAUGGCUUCCGGACAGACAGAGGGUCUCACUCUGACCUAUGGUCCAGCAGCAGCUCUCUGGAGAGUUCCAGCUUCCCAAUGCCAAAGCAGUUCCUGGACGUGAGCUCACAAAGGGACAUCUCUGGGAGUUUCAACACCAGCAGCAGCAAUCAGUUGGCCGAGAAGGUCAGGCUGCGCCUGCGCUAUGAAGAGGCUAAGAGAAGGAUAGCCAACCUCAAAAUCCAGCUGGCCAAACUUGACAGUGAGGCCUGGCCUGGGGUGCUAGACUCAGAGAGGGACCGACUGAUCCUCAUCAAUGAGAAAGAGGAACUGCUGAAGGAGAUGCGCUUCAUCAGUCCUCGGAAAUGGACCCAGGGAGAGGUGGAGCAGCUAGAGAUGGCCCGGAGGCGACUGGAGAAGGACCUGCAGGCAGCACGGGAAACCCAGAGCAAAGCGCUGACCGAGAGGUUGAAGUUAAACAGCAAGAGGAACCAGCUGGUGAGAGAACUGGAGGAAGCCACCCGGCAGGUGGCCACUCUGCACUGUCAGCUGAAAAGCCUCUCAAGCAGCAUGCAGUCACUGUCUUCAGGCAGCAGCCCUGGGUCACUCACUUCCAGCCGGGGCUCCCUGGCUGCCUCUAGCCUGGACUCCUCCACCUCAGCCAGCUUCACUGACCUCUAUUACGACCCAUUCGAGCAGCUUGACUCGGAGCUCCAGAGCAAGGUGGAACUGCUGUUCCUGGAGGGUGCCACAGGCUUCCGUCCCUCCUUCAUCCAUGAGGAUGAGGUGGCCAAAACACAGAAGGCAGAAGGAGGCAGCCGCCUGCAGGCCUUACGCUCCCUGUCUGGCACUCCCAAAUCCAUGACCUCCCUGUCACCUCGCUCCUCUCUCUCCUCCCCAUCCCCUCCCUGCUCCCCUCUCAUCACUGAUCCCCUCCUGACUGGAGAUGCCUUUCUGACCCCGCUGGAGUUUGAAGACACUGAGCUGAGUACCACUCUUUGUGAGCUGAGCCUUGGCAGCAGUAACCGGGACAGAUACCGGCUGGAGGAACCCGGACCUGAGGGCAAGUCACUGGGCCAAGCUGCAAGUGUGGCCGCAGGGUGUGGUCUGAAAGUAGCCUGUGUAUCCGCUGCAGUGUCCGAUGAGUCGGUAGCUGGGGACACUGGUGUGUAUGAAGCUUCGGCANGUAGACUGGGUACUUCUGAAGCUGCUACAUUCGACAGUGAAGAAUCGGAAGCUGUGGGAGCCACUCGAGUUCAAAUUGCUCUGAAGUAUGAUGAGAAGAAUAGACAAUUUGCAAUAUUAGUAAUCCAACUGAGUAACCUCUCUGCUCUGUUAUUGCAACAAGACCAGAAAGUGAACAUCCGUGUAGCCAUCCUGCCUUGCUCUGAAAGCAGCACCUGCCUGUUCAGAACCCGGCCUCUGGACUCUGCAGAUACCCUCGUGUUCAAUGAGGCAUUCUGGGUGUCCAUGUCCUACCCAGCCCUUCACCAGAAGACCUUACGAGUAGAUGUCUGUACCACUGACAGGAGCCAUGCAGAGGAGUGCCUGGGAGGCGCCCAGAUCAGCCUGGCUGAGGUCUGCCGGUCUGGGGAGAGGUCAACACGCUGGUAUAACCUCCUGAGCUACAAAUACUUGAAGAAACAGUGUGGAGAGCCCCAGCCAACGGGAGCUACAGGACCUGACCACAUGGAUGCUGUAUCUGCCUUGCUGGAACAGACAGCCGUGGAGCUAGAGAAGAGGCAGGAGGGGAGAAGCAGCUCCCAGAUACUGGAGGGCAGCUGGACAUAUGAGGAAGAGACCAGCGAGAAUGAGGCAGUAGCUGAAGAGGAGGAAGAGAGAGAAGAGGGGGAGGAAGAUGUCUUCACUGAAAAGGUCUCCCCAGAGGCAGAAGAGUACCCAGCAUUACAGGUGGACAGAGAGACCAAUACCGACAGCGUGGCCCCAUCCCCAACAGUGGUGCGGCCCAAGGACCGGCGGGUGGGUGCCCCUUCGCCAGGGCCGUUUCUUCGAGGGAGUACCAUCAUCCGCUCCAAGACCUUCUCACCUGGACCCCAGAGCCAGUACGUGUGCCGGCUGAAUCGAAGCGACAGUGAUAGUUCCACUCUGUCUAAGAAGCCACCUUUUGUUCGGAACUCCCUGGAGCGUCGAAGUGUCCGGAUGAAACGGCCUUCAUCCGUCAAGUCCCUGCGCACAGAGCGCCUGAUCCGCACCUCGCUGGACCUGGAACUAGACCUACAGGCAACGAGGACUUGGCACAGCCAGCUGACUCAGGAGAUCUCAGUGCUGAAGGAACUGAAGGAGCAUUUGGAGCAAGCCAAGAACCAUGGGGAGAAGGAGCUGCCACAGUGGCUUCGUGAAGAUGAGCGCUUCCGCCUGCUGCUGAGGAUGCUGGAGAAGAGAGUCGAUCGUGCAGAACAUAAGGGUGAGCUGGAAACAGAUAAGAUGAUGAGGGCAGCUGCCAAGGAUGUGCACAGGCUUCGAGGCCGGAGCUGUAAGGAGCCUCCAGAAGUGCAGUCUUUCAGGGAGAAGAUGGCAUUUUUCACCCGGCCUCGGAUGAACAUUCCAGCUCUCUCUGCAGAUGACGUCUAA